GGCCUCUCGGCUCUGUGCCCUGCAGCUCGGCUGACAUUCGGGGCGGACCGGAGAGGGGCUCGGCGCCCCCCGCGUGCACAUGUGCUAGCCUGGGCAGGAGGGAGAGCCUCGGCGGAGGAGUCCAGGACGAGGGGGAGGGAGAGGCGCGCCAGAAUCUCGAUCCCGGGCGCCCUGGUCGGCCGCGGAGGAGCUGCAGCCUCCAACAGGAAGUUGUGCACCCCUGGGAUGCUACCUGCUCUGCUCGGUGACUGAAAGCUUCUGCAUCACAGCUUGGCCAGGAAGCAAAGGUUGCCACGUCUCCCAGAGCCAGGCCUGCCUGGAGCGCUGCAUGCAAAUUCGGCUGCUGGCUAGGGCACACUAACCGCAGCAGUCGUAGGCAUGGACUUCGUCAUGAAGCAGGCCCUCGGAGGGGCCACCAAGGACAUGGGGAAGAUGCUGGGGGGAGAGGAGGAGAAGGACCCCGACGCGCAGAAGAAGGAGGAGGAGCGGCAGGAGGCACUUCGGCAGCAGGAGGAGGAGCGCAAGGCCAAGCACGCGCGCAUGGAGGCGGAGCGCGAGAAGGUCCGGCAGCAGAUCCGGGACAAGUACGGGCUGAAGAAGAAGGAGGAGAAGGAGGCUGAGGAGAAGGCAGCCCUGGAGCAGCCCUGCGAGGGGAGCCUGACCCGGCCCAAGAAGGCCAUCCCGGCGGGCUGCGGGGACGAGGAGGAGGAGGAGGAGGAGAGCAUCCUGGACACGGUGCUCAAAUACCUGCCCGGGCCCCUGCAGGACAUGUUCAAGAAGUAACCACCCCCCACCCCGCCCCCACUCCACUUGUUUACCUUUUUUUUUUUGGUUCUUUCUUUUCUUUUUAUUCAGUUAAGUCUCAGUUCUGAAGGGGAAAACCUCAGCUGGCCUCUGCCCUCCUUCCUUGGCCAGGGGCUCCUCCCCCUCGGCACUCCCUCACACCUCCUUCAUCCCAGGGGAUCCAGCCUCCACCUCAUCCCCAAGUUGCUCAAAAAAGAAAGGACAUCGUUUCUCCAGCAGGGGGCACUGACCCCAGUGCAGAAGGCACUGGCCCCCCACCCCCUCUGGAAUCCUAAGGUCUAUGCUUACUGUGUUAAUCCCCAUACAUUCCUUCAUGCACCCCACUGCCAGGAGGACCACUGUCCCCAGCCAGCCAAAGUAAUGACACAUUCCAGCCCUGCCCAGCAUGCUGACCUUUGGCCUCUAAUCCCCAGUGGACCUCCAGGUCACGGCAGGGACGUCAAGUGGCCUGGCUCUGAGGAAGGGAGUCAGGGUAAGCCUGCCCUGAGAGGGCCCAGCCUGAGGCUGGCCAAUCCCGGUCUGGCCAGGCCUGGGUCUGGGCAGGAGGCUGGGGCUCUCCUUCUUCCCUCCCUCCGAUGACACCCAGUCCAGAAGCACCCUCCCUCAGUCCCUACCCACAAAGGCAUAACCCCUGCCAAGCCAGUCCCUCCAAAUGGAUCCUCUGUGGACUUUAACUCAUCUGUGGAGGGGCCCCAGGGUAGGGCAGCCCCUUUUUCCUCCCCCAACUCUACUUAGGUCCUGGGGCCCCACUGCCAGGCUGGCCCCAACUUACCCAGCCAAGGGGCUGCCCAGGACCCACAGAAAACACUCGGAGCCAUCGGGCAGUGAUGGUGUGUGCCACGGGAACCCUCCAUUGGUGCAGCCAAGCUGCCCCCAUUCCUAUCCACCUCUCUUCCCCACCCUGUCCUAUUCAUGUGCUUCCAGGGCCGUGUGGUCCCCAGGUGGACCCUUCCUGGUCAAAGCCCCAAGUUUUGGGGAAGAAGCCAGUCCCCACUUGACAGAAGACAUCUGUCCAUUCGUCUCAUUGGCCAAGAACAGACUCUCCUCUGGGAUGUGUGAGACUGGCACUGGUUUCCCCCAUCCCAAAUUGUCAAGGCCUCCUGCUCAGGCAGUUGCAUGAGAACUGGGGAGCCACGGAGCAAACGAGAGAGGAAAGUGUGUGUCCAAGGCCUGCAUGAGUGUGCAUGGCAGAGACUGCGUCAGCAGUUGUGUGUCCAGACAUUGUACAUGUAAGUCUAUGGCUAGAGUGUUUGCAUGUCUUGAGACUGUGCGUGUGUGUGUUAGUCAUCAUCCCCAUGUUAGAGACCAUGUACGUUAAGUAGCCUUGUGUGUGUAUGCUUGUUUAAGGUGGUGUGUGUGAGUUGACAUUGUGUCUUGUGUGUGUGCUAGCCAUCUCAUAUGUGUGUUAGAGCUUGCAUAUGCUAGGUUGUAUCUGCACUGGUUUUCAAAAAGAGCAUGUAUGUCAGGAGUGAUGGGUAUGUGUUAGGUGUUGAAGAAGUGUGUCUUUAAGAGAGUUGUGUGAGAAUGAUGAGAAUGUUGUGUGCAUGUGAGUGGCUCUGAAAAGGCAGUUGUGAGCAGGACAUGUGCUUGGGGAGAAGGAACAUAGGUAAGACGCCCUCUCUUGGCCCACAAAUCUUUAGUGACAAGUGGCCACAUCCAACAGGAGGCUUUGUCCUUGGCCUAGAGUUGUCCCACCCUUGGGGGGUUCCUGCCUGAAGUUCUCAGAAGUCCACUGGGAUGGACACAGGCAGAGCCUCAAGAAGCCAUGCUGGGCCCCUACCAGGGCCUACCCCAAAAGCAGGGGCCAGGGAGGGGGCGACUUGCCUGCCCCGAAGCCCCUGCCCCAUUGACCCCCAUUUGCAUUCUGCAGGUUUUCCAUUUUAGUGAAUUUAUGCUUUUAUUUCAGAGAGAGACAUGUGUCUUCUCUGUCUGUUUCCAAUAGUUAAAGCCAUAUCAGUUAGACUGCAAUACUUUAAAGACGAGAGAAAACAAUCCAUAUGUUUAGGGAACCAGAAAAAUCCCCUGGUCUGUCCCUUCUCCGGGGAGCAGGGCCUCAGCAGCUCCAGCUCCCUGGACUUGCCCUUCUCCCCAUCCCCUGCCCCCUCCCCCGUGCCCCUGUGUUCUGCCCCCCAGGGGGCCUGUGUCUGUGUCUGUGCCUGUGAUGGGGAGCCACCUCGCACCCCUGUCAUCUGCUUGUCUGUUUGUGUCUAUUAUCCUGGGCAGGAUGGUCAUUCUCAGGAGCCCCAGGGUCCUAGGGCAGAGACAGGCAGAGUCUAGUCCAGGGACCCCUGACCUCCCCAGACCCUGUGAGGGCCCCACCUGGACACAGGGGUGGACCCCAUGUGUUCAGAAAGUUCAUCUUGACAGGGGCCCCCAGACAUCAAAGGUGGUGCCAGGGCACAGAGAGUGCCAGAUGGGCAGCAGAGAAUGAAGCUGGGGGAGCUUCAGAUGAGUAGGGGACCCCGGCCAUGCAAGACAUUCCAGGCAGACCUGAGAAACCCCAGACCCUCAGAGGGCAUCUCUCAAGGUCUCCACAGCUCUUCUGCACCCCCAGAGCAGGCUCAGAGCUUUUCCCAUAUGAGAAUGCCUUCCAGACUGGCUGGCUUAGUCUGGUGCACAUCCUGGACUCCCCCAGACUCCUCCAGCCUGCUUUGGAGCAGCAGGAUAGAGUUCUUCCUGGAGGUAGGGUUAGGGGGAGAAUUUCUGUCUGGGACAUACCUGGCUCCAACCACUGUCAGGUGAUCACUCUUGGGUCCAGGGAAACACGAAGACCAUCAUUCCUGACACAGACCUCACUGCAGAGAGAGGCUAAGUAGCCCAGAGAGGAUGUCACAUGCAACACACUGGGGCAGGCACAAAAUAUUUGUGGGGUGCUCUAGCAGGGAAGGGAUGUUCACGUGAAGCACCUGGAGCAGGAGAUAUCUGUGCCCAUGGAUGGGAAGGGGAAGUGUGUCACACACGAGGGGCAGUGUGCAUGUGACACACUUAGGAGGCGGGGACAGGGAGGGAGAGGUCCCAGAAUUCAGCGCACACAUGUACAACAUACAAGAGAGACAUCCCCCAGCUAGAGAAGUAGGAAGGAGCACUCAUCGCACAUGAGUAAAGACAGAACAAAAUACCCGCUUGCCAGGGAAGGCCCCUGCCAGGCUGUGUGCCUGGGAGCUGAGCGCCAGAGAGAAGGGAAGGGCCUCCCUGGAUCUCCUGUGCUGGGCACUGGUAAUGGCCAGAAUUUCCAUGCCUGGAUAUCCUCUGCUCCAGAUCCAGAAGGUCCUGGGAGGUGUCCUUAACUACAAAGGGGUCUCUUCCAAAGGCAAACAGGAGGUCAAGAGACCCUCCCAGGGGUGUGUGAGAGAGAGAGAAGGGGAAAGGGAGGCAGAACAAAAGCACUUCAGCCCAGACCCCUCUCAGGUGGGACAGCUGGUGGGCAAAGCAGCCACCCCAAAGGCUCAUGGCUAGAGUAAUAUGAAGCAGACUACUAGCCCAAAGAGCCCCUGGCACCCAGCAGGCAGGGUGGUGCAGGCCCACCAUCCAACUGCUCCAUCCUGAUCCCUCAGGGCCUUGACAGCUCAGGGGGCUGGGGGUCAGACUGACUCAGAUGGCGGGAUGUCUCUCAGGCCCGAGGACAAGCUCCCCACACAUGUCCCCUGCUCCCUUCCCACUCCUAUGUCCCACCCUCUUCACUGGGGAGAGAAUGGGAGGUGCUCCUUCUGGCCUUCGGGUUGGGGUAAGGGCCCUAGCGAGACCCAGGUGAGGACGACCAUCCUGCUCGCACGGGGGAAUCCCUUUCCCACAUCUGUGCUGUGUCCUUGUUGCUCUGCCUCCUUUAAAUGUGUCAGUGCCUGGGGGGAGGGGAGGGGCGCCCUCCCAAGCCCCCCUGAACCUGACCAAAAGCCAUGGCUGUUGCUCCCCCUUUGUAUGACGCAGAUGCUAAGAUGUACCAAACCAAUCAUGACAACAAAGAAGACCUUGUACAGCAGC